UUGCUCAACAUUUCUAACCAUGAUCAAGAAUUUCUAACAUUCCUGUCAUUGUUUGAAUUGCUUUGCAUUAGCUGUAUUUCUCAUGACGUGAUAGUGCUAGAGCUUGUUAUUUCCUUACUCGGUUUUUAAGUUCGCUUCUGUUGAUAAAAGAUCGAGCACGAGGAUGAUUAAAGCUAAAGGGUUGAAUAUCUGGCGAAAAGUUAAUGUGCAAGAAAGUGGAAGGUCUAUACCACCACCACUACCUGCAAAUAUUAGACACUGUGAAUCGACAAACAUUUCAACUUCCGGUGCCGGUUCGUCCAGGUUCUCCUCCUCGACCUCAUCAUCUUAUAAAAAAAAUGCCUGUAUUUCUCCUCCAGUUGGGAAUAAACCCAAAAAACAACUAUCAGACAUUGCGCGUACGCCAAUCAGAGAGAGGCUUAUCCACCUUCUUGCGUUAAGGCCAUACAAGAAACCUGAUAUCUAUGAACGUAUAUACAGGGAGGGUUGUAGAGAGAAGGAUCGUAGUAAAAUUUCCGAGCAUUUGACGGAAAUCGCCUUUAAAAGAGAUCAUUUCUAUCUUCUGAAAAAGUCUGUGUGGAAUAAUGUUCAAGACAACUGGAUUUACUACACCGAGGAGGAAAAGUCCCUUCUCAAGAAACGGAAACCUCAGAACCUCACGCUUCCCGGAUUCAGUGAUGGAUCCAGUGGGAGUAGACCGCCUUCAAAUUCCAUCCAUCCAGGAUCACCGCCAUCGAUAACAGCGCCACCACGCGCACUUCUAAAAUCCAAGAGACCAGCAUACAAUGAGGGCAACGGCAAUUUACCUACAAAGAAACCUAGGAUAUCUCAAUCACGGGAUCCGGAAGCUCUUUUUGUGAACCACGGAGAAAACGGAAGUACGGCUGGUAGUAGUGUUGAUAGUGGCGAUAGUCGAUUUAGUUGUGCUGAGAGAGUGUCGGGUUGUGUGAAUAGUCUCGAGGUAAUCAGUGGUAGUAAUAGUGGCACUUGCAACAGUAGAAGCAGUUUGUUUACCCGACAGAAGAGCAACUGGAACCAGAGGCAACCGGGUGGCCUCAAUUCUGCUGAAGGAACAACUAAUAAAGAAAUGAUUCGCGGUAGUAGCUACCCUGCUGCGAGUUUGUGUCUCGAAGUGAUAGAGAAAAUGACCAAAACCUCGUCGCGCAACAACGCCAGCUCGCAGUUCUGACGCCCGGAGAAACCGCGGAAACAGUAGCAACGCUUCGCUGCUCGAAAAUGUCGAACAUCUACUUUGAAAAAGACUGUUUUUGUUUUUAUUUUCGAUAAAAAGAGCAUUAAUUUACUUAAGGCUCUCUCAGCCUUAAAAAACAUAUUGUUAUUACAAUAUUCGCGCUUAGCGCUCGAUUUUUUUAUAAUUACGUAUUUAUAUAAUUCUCCAAUAAAUUAUAUAAUCAUAAUA